UCUUUUUUCAAAUCCAUAGAACCUCUUUCCUUUGAUAUGGAAGAUUACUCCAUCAUCAAUUCAUCUGCUGUUUCCAAACAAAAAACAUCACCCGAGCACGUUGAUUCAGUCGAAGAAAGCGGUUGGACUGCUUAUUUUGAAGAUUUCUCCAACAACAAUCACCAUCUUCAUCAUCAGCAAAAUAGUUAUUGUUCUAGUUUCAGCUGUGGAUCUUCGUUGAUCUCCGAUGCCGCCACGACCCGAGGCGCUGCAUGGAAAUCAUCGUCGAACCACACUAAUAUCGACCAUCAUCACCGUGUUUUCCCCAGGAAAUUGAGAUUCAAGAAAAUAAGAUCCGAAGAGAUUUGCGACCAGGAUGAUUCUUUGGAGGAUACCGCAAGCUCACCGGUCAAUAGUCCCAAGGUUAGUGAUGAUUGGAAAUCAAUCAAUAUGAAUCCCAGAAAGAGAGAAGAUCAAGCUGCACAUAGUUCUCUGGGGAAGGAAAGUGAAGAGAAUUUUUCAGACAUACAUAAUGAAGAAGGAAGAAACAAAUUGAAUUUCCAUGAUGGGAAGAAAGAUUGUACAGAGUUGAACAAAAGAGGGUUGUGCUUGGUUCCUUUCUCCAUGUUAGUAAACUAUCUCCGUUAAUAUCGUUAA